UUUAGUACUGGCAUGCCCACCACGACGGCCUGAGCUUCACAAGCCGUCUUCUCCGGCGGGCGCAAUUGCUUGUUCACAUGCUCCGAUGUCAACGCAAAGGCUGCUGCUUCGGAAAACAGAACUACUUUUCAGAGCAACGCCAACUUCAGCUUCUAUUCCGGUUCUGGAGCAGGUCCACUGCUCAAAUGAAUCCCCAAUUACAAUUGCGAGUUCGGCGGACGCCUUCUUGGUUGAGAAGAUUAUGUGGACUCUCAAACAAGGUACGCAUUCUCGGAGUUCUCUGUUUCUCCGGCUAAAUGCAUCGGUUUAUCUCCAAGUUGUUACCAAAUGUCGCGAUGAUUUGCGUUCCGCUUCGAAAUUUAUCGACUCGGUCGCCUUAAACCACCCCAAUUUCAAGCAUUCGUCCACGUCCCUCAGCGCCGCCAUUCAUAUACUCGUUAGGUGUAAGAGAAUAUCCGAAGCCCAGGCUUUGAUACUGAGAAUGGUUCGAAAGAGUGGUGUUUCCAGGGCCGAGAUUGUGGAAGCUAUGGUUUACACUUAUAAUAAUAUUUGUGGAUCGAAUUUAUAUGCUUUUGAUUUGUUGGUCAGGACUUAUGUGCAGGCUAGGAAGUUGAGGGAAGCUGUAGAAGCUUUUCGACUGUUGCUGAGCAGGAGAUUUUGUGUUACUAUAAAUGCUUGUAAUAGUCUCCUUGGAGGCCUGGUGAGGAUUGAGUGGGUUGAUUUGGCAUGGGAAGUGUACAGGGAAGUGAUCAGGAGUGGUGUUCCAAUGAAUGUGUAUACUCUGAAUAUAAUGGUGAAUGCUUUUUGUAAAGUUGGCAAAAUUGAGGAUGCAAAGUUGUUUAUUGAUGAAAGGGAGGAAAAAGGGAUUUUUGGGGAUAUUGUGACUUACAACACUCUGAUUAGUGCUUAUUGUCGUGAGGGACGUCUAGAAGAGGUUUUUGAACUAAUGAAUGUAAUGUCCCUCAAGGGAUUGAAACCAUGUUUGUUGACCUAUAAUUCCAUUGUUAAUGGAUUGUGUAAGAACGGACAGUAUCAGAAGGCAAGGGAUGUUUUGAACGAGAUGGUGCAUAGUGGAUUCGUCCCCGGUACUACUAGUUAUAACACAUUGCUUGCUGAGUGUUGUAGAAAAGAUAAUGUGCCAGAAGCUGAGUCGAUUUUUGAAGAAAUGGCUCGUUUAGGUGCCCUUCCAGAUUUGGUUAGUUAUAGUUCACUAAUUGGGUUGUUUUCAAGAAUUGGACGUUUUGACCGGUCAUUAGCAUAUUUUGAGGAUAUGAAACUGAAGGGGCUUGUACCAGAUAAUGUGAUUUAUACUCUUCUUAUUGGUGGCUUUUGUAGAAAUCAUUCUGUAUCAGAAGCUAUGAAGAUGCGUGAUGAAAUGUCAGCUCAAGGCUUGCCCAUGGAUGUAGUUACUUACAACACUAUUUUGAGUGGUUUAUGCAAAGAAAAGAUGCUUUCUGAAGCAGGUCUAAUUUUCAAUGAGAUGGUUGAAAGAGGUGUAUUUCCUGAUUUUUGCACUUUCACAACGCUUAUAAAUGGAUAUUGUAAGGAUGGUAAUAUGAAGAAGGCACUUUCGCUGUUUGAUACUAUGAUCCAACGAAAUCUCAAGCCAGAUGUUGUAACAUACAAUACCUUGAUUAACGGGUUUUGCAAGGCUGGUGAUAUGGAAAGUGCUUUUCAACUAAGAGAUCAUAUGAUUUCUAGAAAUAUAUAUCCUAAUUGUAUUACAUAUAGUACUUUAAUAAAUGGCUACUGCAACAAGGGUUAUAUUUUUGAUGCAUUGAGAUUGUUUGAUGAGAUGAUUGGUAAAGGUAUUAAGCCCACUGUUGUCACAUGCAACUCACUCGUUAAAGGAUAUUGCAGAUAUGGUGAUGCAGAAAGGGCGGUGGAGUUUCUUAACAAGAUGCAUUCCCGAGGUCUACAUCCAGAUUCAGUUACAUACAAUACUCUAGUACAUGGUUUAAUUAUGGAGGAGAGCUUGGACAAAGCUCUAAGCUUGGUUAAUGAAAUGGAAAAUCAUGGGCUAUUACCUGAUGUUGUAACCUACAAUGCCAUUCUCAGUGGGUUUUGUAAGUUGGGUAGGAUGCAGGAAGCCAAUUUGAUAUAUAGGAAGAUGAUGAAGAAGGGCAUAAAUCCCGACAGAUCCACAUAUACAUCAUUAAUAAAUGGACACGUCUCACAAGAGAACUUGAAGGAGGCUUUCCAAUUUCAUGAUGAAAUGCUCCAAAGGGGCUUUGUGCCAGAUGAUAAGUUUUAACCUGGUCACUAUCUAGUUGAAGAACCUUGUGGGAUUAUCUGUGCCCUUCCAUUUUAUGAGUUUGCUUCCAUUCUGCUGACAUUCCAGAGGCUGCAGCCAUUUUGGUCUAUACAUGACUUCUCAGACGGGCUACAGGUUGCUGCUUAAUAACAGAAGUGGGAUGGGGUCACGUGGCUGGUUGACGCUUGACAAUAUUGUAUCAUUUUAGUGAUGCAUGCUCUUUCAUCUACAAUUCUGGACUCAAGAUAAAUAUCCUUCUGCAUAUAGUGCCCUCUUAUGUCUGUCCUAGUGUGAAUAGACAUAUUCUUAUGCCUACGGUUCUCUUAUAUGCUGGUCCUUGGUUCAACACUUCAACUACAUUUGCUUCAGAAUAGAGAAUGCAACCUCAAUGGAGAGUGCAGAUCGAACUAGGUUUCAAUCUUCAGGAUUUUCAGAACAAUGGACGUUCUUCAGAUAUUUGGUGAUGAAUGAUUCAAGCUUGGUUGUCCAUACAUAGAUGUAAGUAUAUUGAUCACGUUGGACUUAAGUUGUACUAGUACACAUACUAUACAGGUCUUGGCAAGACUGUCUUGCAUAACAUUUUAAUAUACGUGGCACAAACACUCAAGGAAUGGGUGGUUAAAGUAUGUUCUUUGUGUGUAUAGGUUGUGCAUGAUGCCUUGUAUUUUUGGCUUAAGGCGUCCUGCCAUCCUCUGUAGUAAACGAAGCCUACCUGUUAAACCCUGACUUUUAAGGGUAGACUUCCAACAUUUAUGAUAUUACUACAUUAGUUUCUGCAUCUCACCCCUGUCUGGUUCUUUAGACUAUUCAAAUUCAAUGGUGAAUAUACAGGUGACCUUUGAUUUUUAUGCAUGUACAAUUAAGUGAAAUUCUUGUUAAUUUUCCUUUCCUUCUACUUUGUUCACA